UCGAAGGCAUGGAGGAGGUCUUACCGAAAGUUUAAGCUCCACACUCGUUUAGUUUACACGGAGGAAAACAACCAAAGAACGCAGAGAUUUGUAAAUCCUUUACGAGACGAGGUUCUUACCUUGCGACUUUGGAGUUUUAUUCUUUUCCGGAUUUAUCGUAGUCGCUUGGAAGUUCGUGUUUUUUGGGAACGGAGUUGGAAUUUUACCGUGUCGAAAAUGUCCUCUCCAACGCGGCCGCUGAGGGCUGCGAAGUAUGCAGUUGUUUGCCUUUUACUAUGGCGAGUGGAACUAAUACUUGGAAAUGGAGAAAAAUCACAUUCGUGUCCGUCUCCCUGCACAUGUAUAGAUACUUUAUUGGACUGCAGUCGACAAAAGUUGGGGAAAGUUCCUGAUAAUCUACCCCUGUGGAUCGAACAGUUGGACCUGAGCCAUAACAAGCUCCAGUCACUUGACGGUUCUUUGUUUGGGAAACUACAGCACCUAAGUGAAAUAAAGUUAAACAACAACGAGCUGGACGCUAUUCCUGAUCUGGGCCCGGUGGCAGGAAACAUCACAACUCUGAUUCUAGCAAACAACAAGAUCAGCAGGAUGUCCCCGGAGCACCUGAAGCCCAUGGCGGCCCUGGAGACGCUGGACCUUAGCAACAACAACCUGGCCGAGCUCCGCAGCGGAUCGCUACCCCCCCUGCCUCUCAAGAACCUGUACCUGAACAACAACCGGAUAUCUUUGCUGGAGUUGGGUUGCUUCGGGAACCUGUCCGCAACGCUCCAAGUUCUCCGGCUCAAUCGAAACAAACUCUCCAACAUCCCUGCCAAGCUCUUCCAGCUCCCCAAUCUGCAGCAUCUCGACCUGAGCCGGAACCGCGUGCGGCGUAUCGAGGGCCUGACGUUCCACGGGCUGCUCGGACUGCGGUCUCUGCGCAUGCAGCGGAAUGGCAUCACUCGCCUCAUGGACGGAGCGUUCUGGGGCCUCAGCAACAUGGAAGUCUUGCAGCUGGAGUACAACAACCUGACGGAGGUGAAUAAGGGCUGGCUCUACGGGCUCCUGACGCUGCAGCAGCUGCACCUGGCCCACAACACCAUCAUCCGGAUCCGCCCCGACGCCUGGGAGUUUUGCCAGGCGCUCAGCGAGCUGGACCUGAGCUCAAACCACCUGACCCGGCUGGAGGAGUCCAGCUUCGCGGGCCUCAGCGAGCUCGACCAGCUCCACAUCGGCAACAACAAAGUCAGCUUCGUCGCCGACGGCGCCUUCCGCGGCCUCUCGAGGCUACAGACCCUGGACUUGAAAAACAAUGAAAUCUCGUGGACCAUCGAGGACAUGAACGGCCCUUUCCGCGCCCUGGACAAGCUGAAGAAGCUAUUUCUGCAGGGAAACCGCAUCCGCUCCGUUACCAAGAGUUCCUUCUCUGGACUGAAAAUGCUGGAGCACCUAGACCUGAGCAACAACGCUAUCAUGUCCAUUCAAGUCAACGCCUUCUCUGAGAUGAAACUCCUCACUGAGCUCCACCUCAACACGUCCAGCCUGCUGUGCGACUGCCAGCUGAAGUGGUUCCCUCAGUGGGUGGCCGAGCACGCCUUCCUCCCGCUGGUCAACGCCAGCUGUGCCCAUCCCCAGAUGCUCAAGGCCAAGAGCGUCUUCAUCGUCGGCCAGGAGCAGUUUGUUUGUGACGACUUCCCCAAGCCUCAGAUCACGGUGCAGCCCGAGACCCAGUCGGCCAUUAAGGGCACCAACGUGACCUUCGUGUGCUCGGCAGCCAGCUCCAGCGACUCGCCCAUGACCUUCGCCUGGAAGAAGGACAACGAGAACCUGAACGACGCCGAGAUCCACAAUCAGGCGCACGUGCGGGCCCAGGGCGGCGAGGUGACCGAGUACACCACCACCCUCCAGCUCCGCUACGUGGACUUCUCCAGCGAGGGGAAGUACCAGUGCGUCAUCUCCAACCACUUUGGCUCGUCCUACUCAAACAAGGCCAAGCUCACCGUCAACAUGCUCCCUUCCUUCACCAAAAUGCCCAUGGACCUGACCAUCCGAGCUGGCGCGACUGCCCGACUUGAGUGUGCCGCAGGGGGCCAUCCCUCCCCUCAGAUCGCCUGGCAGAAGGACGGUGGCACUGACUUCCCCGCUGCCCGCGAGCGGCGAAUGCACGUGAUGCCCGAGGACGACGUGUUCUUCAUCGUGGACGUGAAAACUGAGGACAUUGGCGUGUACAGCUGCACUGCCCAGAAUACAGCCGGAGCCAUAUCUGCUAAUGCUACGCUAACUGUGUUAGAAACCCCCUCAUUCCUGCGUCCUCUGACCGACCGCACCGUUGCUAAGGGCGAGACGGCCGUGCUGCAGUGCAUCGCCGGGGGCAGCCCCCCUCCCCGCCUCAACUGGACCAAAGACGACAGCCCGCUGCUGGUCACCGAGCGCCACUUCUUCGCCGCCGGCAACCAGCUGCUCAUCAUCGUGGACGCGGCCGAGGGCGACGCCGGCAAGUACACGUGCGAGAUGUCCAACCCGCUGGGCACGGAGCGCGGUCACCUGCGGCUGGCCGUGCUGCCCAACCCCAACUGCGACUCCAGCCAGCCGCAGCCCACCACCACCAACCCGGACGAGGACGGCUGGACCACGGUGGGCAUCGUGAUCAUCGCGGUGGUGUGUUGCGUGGUGGGCACCUCGCUCGUCUGGGUGGUCAUCAUCUAUCACACGAGGCGGCGCAACGAGGACUGCAGUGUCACCAACACUGAUGAAACAAACCUUCCAGCCGACAUUCCCAGUUACCUGUCAUCUCAGGGAACGUUAGCAGAUCGCCAGGAUGGAUACGUGCCAUCAGAGAGCAGCAGCAACCAUCAGUUUAUGGCUCCUCCGAUGGGAGGCUUCUACAUGCAGCCUAAAGACAUGAACGGUCUAUGCCAACUGGAUACAGGAAGUGAAGCGGACAUGGAGGCGGCCAUUGAUCCUCUGCUUUGCCAUUACCAGGGCCCUAUUGGCUCGCUCCUUAAACAGGGGAACCUGUACGGACCAGACCCUACUGAUGUCUUCUCAGGCUGUGGCAUGGACCAGAGACCCAUGUGCAUCGACUCCUACAGUGGCAGCCUCAGCAGUGCCAAGAAGAGAGACUACUUUCCCUGCCCGUCCGGCUUGGGCGACUCCUACGACCACAUGGCCUCCAGCGUCCUCAUGCAGCUGCCCAGUGCCAGCCUACCGGGGACGCUGCACGCCCCGAACGACAGUGCUGCCCACCUGGCGGACCAAGACUGCGGCGACUACAGGCGGCCUCGUCCCCCCUCCAAUAGCUUCAUGGGUACAUUUGGGAAAGCUCCAUGGAGGCCUUCCAAACAACAGGUGUACCCCGGUUUCACAGCAACCGGGGUGACCCAAAAUGGGGUCACGCUCCACGAGAACCCCUACGCCGCGCUGGAAGCCGACUCUGGCCACGAGGAAGACAAGGACCCCGCCCCGAGAUACGAGGACGUCGUGCAGGACCAGAGCCUGGGCAUCUACGAGCAGCCAAUCGACAUCAACAGGACAGAAGGACCAUUUCAAGGACCCACACAGGCUAGCACGUAGCGACAUUGCUACAUUUCGCCAGCGAUGAACUCUUUUUGAUGGGACAUUAUUUCAGCCUUAGUUUUGAAAGAAGAUGACCAAAAAGACAAGACGUGCUACCUCAGUAUGGACACUUACACGUCCGGGACCCUUUUGGUGUUUGUGAAAGGAUGAAUGGACAAUUCUAUGUACGACCUUCUUUGUCUUUGUGAAAGGAUGAAUUGACAUUUGACAAUGACGUGUACGGACCUUUUUUGUCUUUGUGAAAGGAUAAAUGUGACUGCAUGGCGAAACCAGUUGCUUUGGUAAAAUUUACAAAAUUAAGUUAUUGUGCUCACAUGAACGACCAUAAACUAAGCUUUCCAACUAUAUGUACAUCGAGGGUAUCGCAAAAAGUAUUGCAUCCAAAGUUGGCACGGUUCUCCCGUCACGAUACGCCAGAAGAGGAGAAAAUCACCUUUUUAAGUGGCGUGGACAAAGGGAAUUUCUGCUAAUGUGUUGAAUCUUCACCUAAGUAAAGUCAGGGUCUAACAGUCAAAAUACAUGUUUUUCCGUGAAAUUUGUUCACAGUAUGAAAGUGUAGACCGUAUACUGUCAAAUUAUGCGAGAACGUGUAAUUCGACAUUUUAACCCGAACGUUUGUUUAUUGUGGAUUUUCUCAGAAUAGCACCGUGUGCAAAGCGACUGGUUUCGUCUUGCAGGGUCACAAAUGAACAAUUCCAUGUAUGGACCUUUUGUCAUUGUGAAAGUUAUGAAUGUAAACUGUUGAUAAGAAACCAUUCAAAGUAAAUGCAGACCUUACUGGGGUAUAGUAAUAAAGUCUUUUUUACUUUUGGGAAAUGACAUCAAUACAAGAUAUUGAAUAUAUAUAAAUAUAUAUAUAUACAUUUUUAUACAGGGUGUCCGCGGGGUCUUAAAAAGUCUAAAAAAGUCUAAAAUUACACAUUUUCGAUUUUAGGCCUAAAAAAGUCUAAAAUAUAGAGAUAUUUGCACUGUAAGUCUAAAAUUAAGUUUGGGUAAUUUAAGACCUACGUUUCAAUGCAAAAUAUCGACAAAGGACUAAUGUUUUUUGGUUUUGUUUUGCGUCCUUUUCCACGCUGUUGAAUGCUGCCCUUAAACUGUAUGCAAUGCGGGCUAGAAUUGCGAAACAUUAUUGGCUAAUUCUUGUAAUUGACACUUCUCUGGGCCAAUCGAAGGCUAGCACUUGCUUCAGUUCUCAAGUUGAAUCUUGAACACAGCGCCAAGUUGACGUUUGGAUAAGACGCCUGGCUACCGCGCCAGUCAUUAUGUCAGGGACGACACCGCGUUCGGUUCACAAAUAGGAACGUAGAGGUAAAGCGGCCCCUUCUAAGUGCAUUUAUUUCUUGGACCGAACGCCGUGGAGUCCAUUAUCCCACUUAUUCCAGUGUUACCAUUUGAUUUGUGUUACUUUCCUGUUAUGAUGUAAACGAAACAGAGACGGUGUAACUAGACAAUCUUUGGUUUAAAUCGCUAAAAAAUAUGUUGUCUUGUUAGUAGAACUAGGCUAGGCCUACUUUCCACCACAUAUCAACUUAUUUCUAAAGUUCUAUCUCUUUUCUAUGAACCUUUAGCUUUGAAACAUCAAUUGCCCUAUAUGCCAUCCAACUAGCUAAAAUCAACCACCGUCAUGUGCGACAAUGUUAUGUUCUGAACGUCUACAGCCUGGAUGCAACGUGACCGUUCAUUUUAAACUUCACAACGAGUUUGCCAAAUUACGGCCAACAAAUUGGAUCUAGGUCAUAGGUGUGCAAAUAACGUUUAAUGUACCCUCUGUAGAACGCAGGACGUGCAUUGAUUUGCAUUGAGCUCAAUAAGCAUCAAACAGAUUAAUAGGCUAACUGGAAAAAAACACCAUGCAAUAUCUAGCUAUGGUGAAGAAGAGUAUGUGAUGAUGUGGGGCUAUUUUAAUUUCUAAGGCCAAGGGAACUUUAUCAGGAUGCAUAGUAUCCUGGAUCCAUGAAAUAGCUGGCCUUUAAAAAUAAAAACAUAGGCAUAUAAAAAAAAAUCCUCCUGCACCUAUGGGAAUUGACAUAGGGGUCAAAACAGGCCUACUUACUGUAUGCCCCCUGUAUUUAAGUGAGAAAAUGUAUUCAUUUCAAUACAUUCUUCAUUUUUUGAAGAAAAUCCUUGAUUUUUACUCAUUUUUUUAAUUAAGGCAUGAAGAUGAUUUUCUAUUCCUUUUUAAAGUCAACUUAAGCAUGGGUUCAAAUGCGUAUUCUCCCCUGUGUGUGUGCGUGUGUGUAUGUUUGUGUUUACAUACAUCAUACAUGUAUAUAUAUUAUAUAUAUAUAUAUUAAUAUAAUAAUAUAAUAUAUAAUAAUAUAUAUAGUAAUACAUAACCCCCCCUGUUGGACACUGUCACCUUUUUUACACUGAGGGGUUUGCAGGUCUGGAUGCAGUAGCAAGUUUUUGAUUCUCUGUGUGCGAGCAAAUGUCAAUUGACCGCAAUCUGGCUUUGUUAUUUCUUUUUUUAAUAUUUCGUGAAGGUCUUAAAUUUAACCCAUGAUGGUCUAAAAAAGGUCUAAAAAAGUCUAAAAUUGCACUUGUUAAAACCUGCAGACACCCUGUUUAUACAAAGUCUAAGUAUAUUUUGUAAAUUAAUAGUGUACAUACAAGCCAUUAUUUUUGCUUACCUUUUUCCCUGAAAAUGUAAAGUUGUUGAAAUGUUGCGACCAAGUGUAUCCAGUUACUCAUGCUUAAGCUAUUUGCUGAGUAAAGCACUCUUUUGCACAUACCCAUAACCUAAUAAAACACCAUAACAUGUGCUGCUACG